CUCAUCAGCCCAGAAUUGAUCGAGCUUUCUGAUUUCUUUCUCUUUCACACUUUUCUGAGUAUUUAUUGUCUCCUCUGAUCGGAAAACGCGGAGGGCGUGGACUUCACGUUUCUCGGCGAUAACUCUUAGGCGCCGGGGACGGUGGGAACCCGGAGCUGGUGAUGCUGGAAGGGUGGAUUGGUUUCGAUUCUGCAGCGACAGUGCAAUAGCCCAAAGGAGUGAAGGAAGUGCGGCAACAAGAGUCUAGGGUUUCGUCUCUCACUUUGGUGUACCGUUAGGGUUGGAUAUGGCGAUGUUGGUUAGCGGCAAGGAUGGAGGCAAAGCGCUAAUGGACUCGGGGAAGUACGUGAGGUACACUCCAGAGCAGGUGGAGGCGCUUGAGAGGGUUUACAAUGAAUGUCCGAAGCCGAGCUCCUUGAGGAGGCAGCAGCUCAUCAGGGAGUGUCCCAUACUCUCCAAAAUCGAACCGAAGCAGAUCAAAGUUUGGUUUCAGAACCGCAGAUGUCGGGAAAAACAAAGGAAGGAAGCUUCUAGUCUGCAGUCUGUUAACAGAAAGCUUACGGCCAUGAACAAGCUUCUGAUGGAGGAGAAUGAUCGGUUGCAGAAGCAAGUUUCACAGCUAGUUUAUGACAAUAGCUACAUGCACCAGCAACUUCGUAAUGCAUCUUUGGCCAACGCAGAUGCUAGUGAAUCUAUGAUUUUAGGUAGUCAACUACAGAAUCCAAUAUCUCAGCCUUCAUUGAGGGAUGCUAGCAACUCAGACAGUCUACUUGCAAUUGCUGAGGAAACAUUGGCAGAGUUCCUGAAAAAAGCUACUGGAACUGCCAUCGAUUGGGUUCAGAUGGUCGGGAUGAAGCCUGGUCCGGAUUCUAUUGGAAUCAUUGCUAUUUCCCGCAAUUGUAGUGGCUUAGCAGCUCGAGCUUGUGGGCUUGUGAGUUUAGAACCCAAAAAGGUUGUGGAUAUCUUGAAGGAUCGCCUAAGUUGGUAUCGUGAUUGCCGAUCCAUUGACGUGUUGAAAGUUUUCCCUACUGGAAAUUGUGGAAAUAUUGAAAUUUUGUACAUGCAGACAUAUGCGCCUACUACUUUGGCCUUGGCACGUGAUUUUUGGACGCUUAGAUAUAGUACAUCUUUAGAAGAUGGCAGUCUUGUGAUAUGUGAGAGGUCUUUGACUCCUUCAACUGGUGGUCUGGCUGAGCCAACUAACUCUAAUUUUAUCAGAGCUGAGAUGCUUCCCAGUGGAUAUCUAAUCCGACCAUGUGAGGGUGGUGGUGCAAUGAUUCACAUUGUUGAUCAUGUAGAUUUGGAUGCUUCAACUGUGCCUGAGGUUCUCCGACCAUUGUAUGAGUCGCCGCAAAUGCUAGCUCAGAGGAUGACCAUUGCAGCAUUACACCAUAUUAGACAGAUUGGUUAUGAAACUAGUGGUGAAGCUUCUUAUGAUGGGGGCCGUCAACCUGCUGUUUUGAGAACCUUCAGCCAGAGGUUGAGCAGGGGUUUUAAUGAUGCUAUUAAUGGAUUUUCUGAUGAUGGCUGGUCUUUACUGGGAUACGAUGGUGGGGAGGAUGUGACUAUAAAUAUUAACUCAUCUCCUAGCAAGCUAUUUGGAAGUCAUUCCAGAUCUGCUAAGUUUUCUUCCUUGGGUGGUAGCAUCUUGUGUGCAAAAGCUUCAAUGCUACUUCAGAAUGUGCCACCUGCUUUACUUGUUCGCUUUUUGAGGGAGCAUAGAUCGGAGUGGGCGGACUCUAUUGUUGAUGCUUAUUCAACUGCAUCUUUGAGAGGUUGCCCGAAUGCAUUUCCUGGUUUUUUCGACAACAGUAGUUUUGCGGCUAACCAUGUCAUUAUACCUCUUGCUCAUACUGUGGAAAAUGAAGAGUUCUUAGAAGUGAUUAGGCUGGAAAGUCAAACUUUAAACCAGGAUGAUGUUCUUUCCAGGGACAUUUAUCUGUUGCAGUUGUGCGAAGGGAUUGACGAGAAUGCGGUUGGUGCUUGUGCACAGCUUAUUUUUUCACCUACAGACCCAUCUUUUGCUGAUGAUGCCCCCUUGUUACCUUCAGGAUUUCGAGUGAUACCACUUGAUGUCAAAGCAGAUUCAACUGCUGCCACAAAAACUCUUGACUUGGCCUCGACUUUAGAGGUUGGCUCAGGUGGAGCAAGUAGGAUUGCCAGUGACACGACUACUAGUGAUAUGAGGUCGGUUCUGACAAUAGCAUUUCAGUUCAUAUUUGAAAAUCACCUCCAAGAAAGUGUUGUGGCAAUGGCUCGGCAAUAUAUCAGAAGCAUAGUGGCUUCGGUGCAAAGAGUUGCAAUGGCAAUCACUAACUCAAGGCUCGGCAUAGAGCUAGGUAUGAAACAUCCACUUGGGUCUCCUGAAGCUCAUACACUGGCAAGAUGGAUUUCUAGCAGUUACAGGUUCUACACUGGACUUGACCUUAUGAAGACCGACUCUCAAUGUGCUGAUUCUCUGCUGAAACUUCUGUGGCACUACUCCGAUGCAAUCAUGUGCUGUUCUCUUAAGGUUUCUCCAUCUUUAACCUUCGCAAAUCAAGCUGGUCUUGACAUGCUUGAGACCACGCUAGUUGCUCUACAAGACAUCACACUUGAGAAUUUGCUCGAUGAUGCUGGUCGCAAGGUCCUCUCAUCUGAGUUUCCUAAGUUGAUGCAACAGGGGUUUGCUCAUCUUCCUGCAGGCGUCUGCAUUUCUAGCAUGGGCCGGCCGGCUUCUUACGAACAGGCUAUGGCAUGGAAAGUCCUUGAUGAAUGCAGCUCUCACCAUUGCCUUGCCUUCAUGUUCGUCAACUGGUCAUUUGUUUGAACCUGAAACUAAUAGAAUUAUACGGUAUCUAUUUAGGAACUUGAUCUUUGUAACUUGUAAAAUAUGGUUCUAUCGUACCUCUGCUGGUGCGACAAAUCUGAAUGAUGAUUUGGUCGCUUCGGCAAAAGUUUUGGAAAUUUUGAAAAUAACUCCAUGCCGUUUGUCAGAUAUAUGUACAUAAGUGCUUUUAGGAUACUUAUUUUCCUAUAACAUUAAUAGUUAAUUCAAUGAUUUGUUUUUUUAGUUA